ACCAAACACACAUCGCACACUGUUCGGCGGCGGUGUUGUCGGUGUAUUCCUCCGAAAUUCCAACAUACGAUCGUCACUCGCUCGGGCGGACCGCGUUUUUUAUUAGUCGCCGCGGUAAAAAACGCGUCCCAAACGGACCGUUGCGCCGAAAUUUUUCUAAUAUCGCGCGCGCGUAACGCAAUAACGCUCUCGUCCCCACCAACUCUGCCGCCGUCACGUCUCUAUACGUGGCACGGUCCCGAACUUCGGUCGCCUCUGCCCGCGGAACGACUGAGCUCCGCGAAGCCCCGAGGGCGGUCGUCCGACGAGUUAUAAGUUCGCGUUUCGAUUCCGAGUCCUAUCGCUGGACAAAAAAACACGAUAUUAUUGUAAAUUUUUUUAUAUUCACUACUCGUUAGAUUUCUACCGGUAAAUAACACUAUAAUUAUAGGUAUAUUAUCGUAAUUUUCAAUUAUACUUCAACGACAAAAAUAAUAAUAUAAUCAUAGGUAUAUUGCAGACGAGCUGCUGCACAUUGUCAUUGUUGUCGUCGUCGUUGUUGUUGUUGUGCGCGCGCGAGCGACUGUGCCGGUUGUGCGUGUGUGUGUGUGCGCGCGCGCGCUUUUCUGUGGGUGUGUGCGAGCGUGUAACAGUGUCGACGCACCGCCAUGGUCAAUAACUAAUAAGUGCUUAAAACUGUGCUAAACGAUAUCAUGCUGCAGUUCGACGCGAAGAUCGCUAUAUGUAUAUAGUCGGCCGCCGCCGCCGCCGCGUAGGUACCUCCGAGACUGUUGCACCGUAGUUGUCAUAUAUUUACGAAAUCGCAGUGCCGUUUUAAUAAUAAUAUAUUGUUUUUCGUCGUCAGUCACUGUUCUAGGUAUCGCUAUAAAAAAAAAAAAAAAAAAAAAACAUAAUAUAAUACGAUAGUUUUUCCGGUUUUUUUUUUUAUAUUUUUUUUUACGAUAUAAUUCUAAGACCCGGUCUCCUCGUGUACGUGGCGUCAGAGCGUUUUCCGGCCGUACGAUAACCGCGCGGAAGUUCGCGCGCGAUGUGCUAAAAAAAAAAACGAAAACCGAGUUUCGUCGCCGCGAUACCGUGAAUCGGCGUAUCGCAAGCGCACACAUAUCGGUACUGUAUAUUUAAUGUCGAACGGUGCUCUGGAACUCAAAUAUUUCAGUUUCGGCACGGCUGGUAAAAAAGUGUUGAGCAAGUCUCUUGCUGUUGGUACAAAGACUGGGUAUCGUUUGUAUUCUUUGUCUUCCGUUGAUAAUUUAGACCAAAUAUAUGAAAAUGAAUCUGAAGACAUCUGUAUUGUGGAGAGGCUAUUCAGCAGUAGCUUGGUUGCAGUGGUCAGCUUGUCGUCGCCACGUAAGUUAAGAGUGUGCCAUUUUAAAAAAGGAAAUGAAAUAUGUAACUACAGCUACUCAAACACUAUUCUAGGCGUGAAACUAAAUAGGGCCAGGUUAGUUGUAUGUUUAGAAGAAUCUUUGUAUAUACACAAUAUACAUGACAUGAAGGUCUUGCACACAAUCAGAGACACUCCACCAAACCCAGCAGGACUUUGCUGCCUAUCCACAAACAGUGAUUUGUGCUAUUUGGCAUAUCCUGGUUCAAGUACAACUGGUGAAGUGCAAAUUUUUGAUGCCAUCAAUUUGCAAUCCGUGUCCAUGAUCUCAGCUCAUGAAAGUCCUUUGGCGGCAAUGGCCAUUAGUCAUCAAGGCAAUAGAAUAGCGACGGCCAGUGAACGAGGCACAGUUAUUAGAGUGUUCAACAUUUCUGAUGGUGGCAAACUGUACGAGUUCCGUCGUGGUGUUAAACGCUGUGUCAGUAUUUGUAGCUUGGCGUUUAGUAUUGAUGGCUUAUACUUGUGCUCAUCAAGUAAUACUGAAACAGUGCAUGUGUUCAAAUUGGAUGACACUAAAGAAAUUCCACAAAUGCCUGACGAACAACAAAGCUGGAUGUCAUAUUUGUCAAAAGCAGUAACUGCAUCAGCUAAUUAUUUACCAACUCAAGUAACAGAUGUGUUCAACCAGGGAAGAGCAGUUGCUUCAAUACAUCUACCAUUUCAAGGAUUAAAAAACAUUUGUACUAUAGUGAUGGUUGAUAAAGUUUUAAGGUUACUGGUUGCUUCAUCCCAUGGAUAUUUAUAUGUUUAUAACUUAGAUAUGGAAGAGGGUGGUGAAUGUACUCUCUGGCGUACUCAUAGACUGGAUGGCCAAUUAGAUGUAGUGGACAGCCCUAAACCAAUCAAAUUGAAGGAGGCUAAUACAACCAAGUUAGACAAAAAUGUGAAAACAGAAUCUUCAAUUAAUAAAAAUUUAGAUACUGGGCCUGCAGUAGUGUUAGACACUAAUCAUAUGACUGAGGACUGCUUGGAUUGCACACUAUCGGUAGCGAAUCCAGUUGGAAGUUACGCUGGUGCCCUCAGGGGACAUCCUUCAUCCAGUCUGUCAGAUGCAGAGAAUCAUGUUGACAGCUUGACUGACGUAUCCGAAGAUCGAUUCAACUUGAACGACGAUUCAGAGUUUCCUCCAGUCAUGUGAAACUGCAUGCUUAUCAUUUGUAUUGUUAAAUUUUUGUUAAAUUGUUUGUCUUCAUAUUAUAUAUAUUUUUUCCGAUCUGCCUUUUCUUCAACAAUUGUGACAUAUUUUAUAAAUACAUUUAAAUAAUAUAUUUUUAAAUGUUAAGUAUUAAGACUCAAUAUAUUAUAAUAUGCUUAAAAUGUUAACAAAUUGUACAAUAUUAUUUUCAAUAAUUAUACAUUAAUGCAGUAUGCAACUGUA